AUGGGAUCCGUGCUUGAGCAAAUAUUUACUCCCCCUCCCCUCCGUGAGUGAACAAAAAAAUUUUGUUCACUCACGGAGGGGGGUUAAUGUUUUUGUUUUAAAAAAAUUUAUAUAUAAAUUUUAUAAAAAAUAUUUUUUUCGAAAUUUAAAAAAAUCCUAAUUCGCAAGUAUUGGAAAGCAAAUAUUAAUUUAAAUUAUAAAAUUUAUGUUUUAAAAAGCAAUUCGUUCAAAAAUUAAACAGAAUUAGCUCUAUAUUUCAUUAUAGUAAUUAUCAUUUAUAUAUCAAAAGUUUUUUCCACAAAAAAUUUUUGUAUUAAAAAAAUUUUUGUUCACUCACGGAGGGUGGGUUUUUGGGCAAAAAAUAGGGAUUUUUCUAAUGGUUUUGUUCACUCACGGAGGGGGGGAGUUAGCAAAAUAGUGGAAGAGAUGGAAAAGGAUAGAAUUGAUACUAAUUCUAUUCUUCCAGCAAUUGACACCUGAAGCCUCCAAGAGCUUGAAAAAUGAUUGAUAAAGGCUGAAGAUAUUUUUUGAGAAAAUAAAAAAUUACUGGGCUUAGCAAGAGACUUUUAUACAGUAUCAAAAAUAGAUCUAAUUAUCGAUAGAGAACUCUUGACACCAAAAAUCUUUGAGUUAGCUUUAGACGCUAUUGAUCAACUAUCAAGGCAAUUUCGUGCAGAUUUUAAAAAUUUAAUCAUUAUUGAAUUUCAUCCAAAAAUAGAGCAAGCGAUUCAGAGCUCGGGAUCAGCAGAAAUUAUGAUAGAAUGAUGAACAAAAGCAGAUCAGUUCCAAAAAAAAAUAGGCAAUGAAAAAGCUGAAUAUUUUAAGCAAUUAGUUAAAAGUCGAUUGGAUUCUAUAUACAGAGAAAGAGCAAAGAGCAAUCCAAGAAGCACUUUGCUAGCUUUAGCGCAAUUAAAAAUUGUAGAUAUAGUUGACAUCAAUGAUUUGGUAGAAUUUUCAAUGAAGACUUGUCUUGAGCAAGUUCAAAACGAAUGAUACUCUUGCAAAUCAGAAUUUGUUGAAAAUCUAAAAAGAAGUAUAGGAGAGCUUUUGCAAACAAUAGAAAUAAUUCAAGCAAACAAAAAUAUUAAAUAUGAUAUAUCUAAAGCAAGGAAAACAUUAUGGAGAAUGCUAAGAUAUCUUGAAAAAAAAGCUACAUCAAUAAGCCCAGAAUUUAAAGAAAUAAAAACAAGCUUUAAAGUUGAAAAUGACCAAGAUUUGCCUAUAGACCGAGCAAGGAUUAGAGAAGAGAUAUUUUUACCUUUCAAAUAUAUAAAAAGCUACUUAGAAAUAUUUAUGCAUCAAGGCAUUUUAGAUGAUUCAAAAAAGGUUUGCAUCUUUUAUUUUUAUGUCAGCUCAAAUGAGCAUUAUCAGAUAUUCAAUAGAGAAAAGAAGUUAAUAAAGCAUCUAUCAGGAAAACAUAAAUGCUUUUUAAAAUAUCAUGGGUGGUUUAAUUGUAUAUGAUCAAUAAACGACCAAUAUUUUAAUGUAUAUGCUUUGGUUACUGGAUAUUUUAAUUCAACUUUAAUUGAAAAUAUAAUGAGUUGUUCAAAAUUUCAAGCCAAGUAUAAUCAGCGUUGAUUUCUGGAUGCUGCCAAAGAUCUUUUGCACGCAUUUGACUAUUUAGAAAAAUCAAAUAUCCCACAUUAUGACAUAAGGCCUCAAAAUAUAUUUAUAACCAAAAGCAAUAAGUUGAAAAUUUUUGGAUUCAAUUUCCAAGGAAUUAAUCUUGUAAGCAUUUCUGAAUCAGCAGUGGAAGGUAGCCAAGAGAUGUUGAGAGACUCAUACUUAGCACCAGAGCUUUACAAUAAUAAAGAAUUUAAUAUAAAUGAGAUCUCUUCUGUAAUGAAAGCUGGGGCUUUUUCUUUGGGGCUUGUAUUUUUGCAAAUGUAUUCUUUAUACAAGAUAGCUGAGUUAAACACUCCUGAAUUUCAUGGAGAGAUUGAUGAUUAUGUCUCAACCUUUAAGCCAAAACUGGUAUCAGAACUAUUGAGAAGGAUGCUAAAUAUAAAUAAAAAUAAAAGAGCGACUUUUUGUGAAAGUUUGGAGCUUCUAUCACCAAAAGAAGAAAGUAAAGAAGACCAAGAGGAAAAUUUAAAAAGUCAUCGGGCCAACCUAGAGCAAAUAAACAAAAUCCUCGAAAGACGAAAAAGAAUAGAGCCAAGUGGUUUAAAGCCAAACCCAAAAAGUCAGUGGUCUUCUAAAACAUUAGAAAAUGGCACAAUGAUGAUAUUUAAAAAAGGAGUAUAUGAAAAUGAAUUUGUACUUAUUCGCACUUUUAAAAGCAAUAAGCCAGAACAGUUGUUCCCAUUUCUUGAAGAAGCUGAAAUAUUGGAAAAACUUGAUGACAACCCAGUAUUUAUAAAAUAUUAUGGAUGCUAUUGACAUUAUAAUCAAACCAAAUUACUUUGCUCUCUAUCUCUUAUUACAGAGCUGUGUGAAAGAAGUUUAAUGACCGACAUAACAGCUAGGGCUCAAGAAACUUAAAUUUAUUGUUAUAAGGCCAGCUUAAUGACUAAUAUAACUACGAGAGCUCAAGCAGAAGAAAAAAAUUACUACAACCAAGAAGAAUUAAAACCUAUCUUCGAGUGACUUUUACAAGGAUUUAUUGCUUUGAAAGAUAAACAAUAUGACCAUGACAAUAUAAAACCGCAUCUUAUUUUAUUGAACAAACAUAAUCAUAUUAAAAUAAGUGGAUUUUUAACCCCAAAAUAUAAAAUAGAAAGCUUCUGCAUGUUUCCUAGCCCUACAUUGCAGCUUCUUCAAGAUAGCUCUGGCUAUUUAUCUCCUGAAAAGCUUAGAAGUAGAGAAGAAAAAAUCUCGUAUGACAUAGAAAGCUCUGAUGUUUUCUCUUUAGGACUGGUGUUUCUGCAAAUGUACAAACUAGAGGCGAUAAGCAGUUGAGAUAAUGACAGAGAUUUUCCAACCUUGCAGAAGAUUUAUCCUACUUGGGUAGCUCGAUUACUCCAGAAAAUGCUGCUUAAAAGGUCGGUUUGGAGACCAAAAUUCAGGGAGAUUUAUGAUAAAAUGCAAAAAUAUAUAAGAGAUGAUGGAGGAACGAUUGAAAAUCCUUUAGUUUUUCGGUAG